GGACCGGGCUCCGGGACCGGGCUCCGGGCUCCGGGACCGGGCGGGGCCGUGUCCCCGGGAGCCGCGGCCCUCGGGCCCGUCCCGGCGCUCCCGUCCCGCAGGGGAGCGGGGCCGGCGCGGCCUGAGGGUUGAGCUCCGUGGCGGCCUGGGCCUCCCCCUGUGCUGCGGGGAAAACCAGAAGGAACGCGGGGAAAGAGCGCUCUCCUGGCGUGUUCCGAGAAGGUCCCUCUGUCUGUCUGUGUGUGUGUGUGUGCCCACGUUCCUGGGGAGAUGCCCAGCGUUUCCAGCUACGCGCUGCGCAUGGCCCGCCUGAGCGCGCAGAUCUUCGGCGAUGUGGUGCGGCCCACGGAUCGCCGGUCCAUGAGGGUGGUGCAGCUGUUCAGCGAGCAGCCGCUGGCCAGGCGGGACGAGGUGCGCAACUGGUACCCCCCACACAACACCUACUACGCCCUCAUGAGCAAACUGCGCUACUUCGGCCUCUACAGGGAUGAGCAUCAGGACUUCAGGGAGGAGAUGAGGCGAAUGAAAAAGCUCCGUGGGAAGGAAAAACCAAAGAAAGGGGAAGGAAAGAGAGCUCUCAAGAAGAAAUAAUGCUGUUUGAACAAUGUACCUGACCACUCUGGAAAUGCUGGGGAAUGGCUGGAGAGGGCUUGGCAUGUGAGCUGCGUGUGGGGCACAAGAAGCACUGUGAAAUAGUGGACUCCACCUUGGGAAUGCCCUUGGGUCUUUGAAGUUUUACUGCUUUUGAAUUUCUGUACUUCAAAUAUACUGUAUAUUGCAGCACAGUAAUAAAAAAAAGUGCUCAGUGUUUUUCUUGAAACCA